AUGUAUCCCAUUCGAUCUCUGAGCUUGGCCAUGAUCAUUUCCAUGGCCUCAUCUGUCCUUUCAUUAGACUUUCCCAAGUACACGGGUCUGAAGACCGCUCAGAACGACAGUAUCCUCACCGUCACCUUCCACAACCCAUCUUCACCUGUCAAUCUUUGGAAUGAAGACACCCAAAACGAUCUGACUGAUUUGGUCUCUCGACUCCAACAUGACAGCGAAACCAAGGUUGUCGUAUUCAAUAGUGACGUGCCGAGGUUCUUUGUUGCUCAUCUCGACCUUACCCUCCCUGCUUUAGCCAAACCUGAUUUUGUCGUAUCAUUCGCAACUUUGAUGUAUAACGUAUCGAGACUGCCGCAGGUCACCAUUGGCGCAGUCGAGGGCCGAGCACGAGGUGCUGGGAAUGAGUUCCUCGUCGCUCUGGACAUGCGAUUCGCAACCAAGAAUGACACCUUAUUUGGUCAACCUGAAGUUGGCAGCGGCUUAUUUCCCGGAGGAGGAGGAAGUCAAUUUCUUACGAAUCUGAUUGGCAGAGGACGUGCGAUGGAAUACAUCCUCAGUUCCAACGACAUUACAGCAACUGAAGCUGCCGAGAUUGGUUGGAUCAACAAGGCCUUUGACACAUCCAACGAUCUGGAUGAUUAUGUGGAUAAGCUCGCGCAGAGACUAGCCUUGUUCCCUCUGUCAGCUCUUGCUGGUGGUAAGAAGACUGUUAAUCGAGCAUCGCCAUCACUUGAGCAUGUUGUUGCUGAUGCAAAGGAUUUCUUCAAGCAACAAGGGGACCCGUUGGUGCAGGAAAUUGGAAAGCGAUCUGCUGCAUUGUCUCAGAAAGUAUCUGCUGUGGACCUAGAGCUCAAUCUCCCCGAUGUUCUUCCUCUUCUGUAUACCUAA